GUACUCUCACCCACACAUACUCCUGCUUACUUCUUGACCGUCUGUCACUCGCUCACCGCUACGAUGAGCGGAACAGUGGCCGUCGUGCCGAAUGGCUCCGCGAAUGGACAUAUCGACCUUUCUUCUGCUGCGAACGGGCACGCUAAUGGCGGGCCUAUGAGGUUCACGAGCGGAAUGAUUCUUCCUCCUCCCGAAGUUAAAUCCAUCAUCGACCGCACCGCGAACUUCGUCGCCCGCUCGGCCAAUCCCCCCCAAUUCGAAGACAAAAUCCGCGAAAACCAGCGCCAGGACCCCAAGUUCUCGUUCCUCAACCCGGCUGACCCGUACCAUGCGUACUACAGGAACAGGAUGGACAAGGUCACGAAGGGGGAACUGGACGAGGACGUGACGAUGAAGGAUGGUGGGAAGGACGGGGAGGGGAAGGUCGAUGGCGAGGGUGCGGGAGGGGAACAGGGAGCGGAGCAGGGAGAGGGAGGGGGGAAGAAGGUGGAGGAGGAUGUGGGUGUUGAGCCGCCUAGUCCGGAGUUCAUAUUGGAGCUGCCGAGUAUCAGUGCGAUUGAUCUUGAUAUCAUGAAGCUAACCGCGCUCUUCACCGCCCGUCGCGGCCGCUCCUUCCUCCAAGCCCUCUCCGUGAAAGAAUCGCGCAACUACCAAUUCGACUUCCUCAAGCCCACGCACUCCCUCUUCCCCGUCUUCAACCAGCUCAUCGAGCAGUACACGAAAGUGCUUCUCCCGCCGCCCGCGAAGCUCGAGGAGCUGAAGAAGAGGGCACAGCCGGGCGCGAAGUGGGAGAUGCUGGAGAAUGCGAGGAAGUAUGCGAAAUGGGAGCAGAAGAAGAGGGACCAGGAGAGGAAGAGGGAGGAUGAUCGGGAGGCUGAGCGGCUGGCGUUCGCGGAGAUCGACUGGCACGACUACGCCAUCGUACAGACCAUCGAAUUCACCGCGGCAGACGCAGCCUCCGAACUCCCGCCCCCAAUGUCCGUCCAAGAAGUCGAGAACAUGACGCUCGCACAAAAGAGACACGCGGCUAUGAUCAUGGAGACUACCGCCGAAGAGGUCGAGGCGCACCGCGCGCGCCAGGCAGAGGCAGAACAGAACGUGGCGAACGGCGUGGGUGGUGCGGGUGCGGAGGACGGCGAUGCGAUGAUGGAGAGUGACGAGGAGGAGGAUGCGGAGGAUGCGGAGUUGAAGGAGAGGAAGAGGAGGGAGGAGGAAGAGAGGAAUAGGGAGAUGGAGAGGGCGAAGGCUAUUCAGGCGAGCUCGUUGGGCGCUGGUGGACAGAUGAAGAUCAGGACGGACUACGUCGCGAAAGUUGGUCAGAAGAACAAGGUGGCGCUCACGACGUGUAGCAUCUGUGGACAGCAAAUCCCAGUCAACGAGCUCGACGAGCACAUGCGUAUCGAGCUUCUCGACCCGCGUUGGAAAUCCCAGCGCGACGCGCUCGAAGCUCGCAAAGCACAGGCCUCCGAGCUCCAGCGCGGUGCCAACGUCGUCUCGUCGCUCAAGAACCUGGCCAGGACCCGUGUGGACAUCUUCGGUGGAGAAGACGACGAGGAGAGGCGGAAGAGGGAGGAAGAGGAGGAGAACCAGAAGAGAAAGGAGAGGGAGAAGGUCAUCUGGGAUGGUCAUACGGCCAGCAAGGUCACGACGAUGGACAAGUAUGCGACGAACUCGAACAUCGACGAGCAGAUCGCGGCUAUUCAUCGUGCAAAACUGGGUCUUGGACCGCAAGAAGGCACCAUCGGGCCAGGCAUCGGUCCCGUCGCUGCCCCACCCCCUCUCACCGGCCUUCCAGCCUCCAACCCCCUCCCCGCCAUGUCCAUGCCUCCCUCCAUGUCCUCCCUCCCCUCCAAGCCCAUCUCCGCCGACCCUUCCCAAUCCUCCUCCAAUCCCACCAACAUCACCACGACCUUCCCCCCCGCGCCUCUCCCAAACCCGAACGCCAUCCCAAACCCCGCCUACUCCGCCGCCACGAUCUCGUCCGGCCCACAGCCACCUUCGAUGUACCCACCGCAGCCUGCGCCGGUCAUGUUGCCGCCUCUGCAUUACCAGGGUCUGGACGCGGCACAACCGUUUGGGUAUCAGCCUCCGCCUGUGAGACCCGUCGCGCCUUAUGCGCCCAGUCCGGUUGGCGUUGGGGCCCCUGGUGUACCUGGGCAGGGAUCACCGAUGGGCAUGGGUGUGCAGCCUGCGAUUAUUGGGGGUGCGACGCCGGGGAUGCAGGGUCCGCAGGGCGCGAGUGUCGGGAUGGUGAGGAGUGCAGAUGAGAUGAUGGAGGGUGGCGGGGGUGCGGGUGCGGAGGAUGGGGGACCGGCGGCGAAGAGGCAGAAGGUGGCGAAGUUGCCUGGUGGGCAGUUGUAUCCUGAGCAGGACUGGAUCAAUAUGCAUCCCAACCCUAUCACGAUACAAGUCCAAAUACCGUCAGACAAGCCCGAACUCGGCCUCGACGGCUCGCUCGUGACCAUCCCGGACCUGUCACUCGACCUGCUCGUGUCCACGCUCCGAGACCGGAUCAUGAAAUCGACGAACAUCGGGAUCGGGUACUCGCAUAUCAGGCUUGCGCAUGAGGGGAAGAUGAUGAGCAAUCAGGCGAGCAUCGCGAGCUAUAAUUUGGAGGAGGACGAUACGGUGGUGUUGAGCGUGAGGGAGCCGAAGAAGAAGAAGUAGGGCGCGGGUGAUGAUGUCUUCGGGAAGGGGGUGGAGGAGGAUGGAGGCGGUAGCGAAGGAGUGGAGGAGGAGGAGGAGGA